AUGCCCUUAAAAACGCUGGUGGAUGACAUUGGUUUUGUUGAAGUUGUCGGCAAUACGUUCACCAAGGAUAUUUCUGGCAAAAAUGACGAUCUCGAGAAACUACUGAGAGUAUUAUCUGUUAUGCUACCUACGGGAACGGAGAAAACCCAAUUCGAUCAACGAAUAACAACGGCAGGUCAGAAGAAUCAAGAAAAACAAAAAGUCAUGUUCACCGAAACAACUGCUACUUCUUCUACUAGCAAUAUCAACGACAGUGCUGCUUCUCACCAAGUCAUAACAAUAACCUGCGAAGCCCCAGAAGACAAACAGCUCCAAAUGGACAAUUCAACCUUGAUAAACACUUCCACAAAUGACAGCGAACCUCCCGCCUACUCGCAAAUUUCGGUAACAGCUCCCCCCGCUGCACGUCUUCCUGCACAGAAUCCCUACGCCGAGAUGCUUCCAACUUACGAACAUGCCAAAGUCGACAUGCCUCCAUCAUACCCGAUCCCAAAAUAUGCGGAUACUCCAUUCGAUGCUCCCAUCGAACCGCAAGAACCCUGGCCUCUUACCAAGAAAUUGUACAUUGCUGGUUUCGUAUUCUGGCCUCUCUGGUUCGUAGGAAUGGGAUUCUGUGUAUUCGGCAGAGAAGAAACGACAAGAUUAUGGGGAAGGCGAUGUGCUUACAAUUCGCUCAUAGUCGUUGCUAUAUUCACAUACAUAAUCAUAGCCUUCUUCAGAACGGGCGGUCACGUAUUCUAA